CUGGCGCAUCUUCUUCAAGCUCCGGCCAUGUACAGCAUGUUGGAGGGUGAGCUCAAGCCCCCCCAGUCGAACCCUGGAGGCGGCUCGGCAGGGAACGGCAUCCCGGGCGGCGCCGGCAAAGGAGGCGGCGGCGGAGGGGGCGGAGGAGGAGGAGGAGGGGGCGGCGGCGGCGGGGGGAACGGCGCGACGGACCAGGACCGGGUGAAGAGGCCCAUGAACGCCUUCAUGGUGUGGUCGCGGGGCCAGCGGCGCAAAAUGGCCCAGGAGAACCCCAAGAUGCACAACUCGGAGAUCUCCAAGCGCCUCGGAGCCGACUGGAAGCUGCUGAGUGACUCGGAGAAGCGGCCCUUCAUCGACGAGGCCAAGCGGCUGCGUGCCGUCCACAUGAAGGAAUAUCCGGAUUAUAAAUAUCGGCCCCGUCGGAAGACGAAGACGCUGCUCAAAAAGGACAAGUACUCUUUGCCGGGCAACCUGCUGGCGACGGGAGGCGCCGGCGGAGGCGCAGUGAGUAGCCCCGUCGGAGUCGGGCAGCGCCUGGACUCUUACGCGCACAUGAAUGGCUGGCCCAACGGCGCGUACGCCUCGCUGAUGCCCGAGCAGCUGGGCUACAGCCAGCACCCGGCCAUGGGCAACGCGCAGCUCCAGCCUAUGCACCGCUACGACGUGAGCGGUCUCCAGUACAGCCCCAUCAUGUCGAGCGCGCAGCCUUACAUGAGCGCGGCUGCCUCCACCUACAGCAUGUCCCCCGCGGCCGCCGCCGCAGCCGCCGCCGCCUACGGGCAGCAACCGUCGGGCCAUUCCAUGAGCCUGGGGACUAUGGGCUCCGUUACUAUGGGCUCCGUGGUGAAGUCCGAGCCCAGCUCGCCGCCGCCGGCCAUCACCUCCCACUCCCAGCGGGCCUGCUUGGGAGACUUGCGGGAUAUGAUCAGCAUGUACCUCCCCCCGGGGGGAGACGCGACCGACCCGUCGACGCUCCAGGGUACCCGGCUACACAGCGUCCACCAACACUAUCAGAGCGCCGGGACUUCGGUGAACGGCACCGUACCACUAACUCAUAUCUAG